CUUAUUUUGAAACGCUUUUAUUUUGAAACGCUGCACUUUUAUGUGUGGUGUAACUACGUCACCUCCACUGUGUCCUCUUGUCACCGGAGUACAGAUGAAGUGAAGAUCUUCAUCAUACGUACUUUACUGAAGAGCUUCAGCAGAGCCAUCAGUCUGACAGAGACACGCACUUAAUUCAUUCUCAUGAAGACUGAAGGCGAUGGAGAAUUCCUGGAAGAGAACCCACCUUUUCAGAAUGGAGUCACCCCGACAGACAGUGACGUGUCUCCCAUACAGUACGAGGAACCCGUCUCCACAUAUUUUGAGGAGAAGGUUCCCAUCCCAGAGGAUGAUGUCACAAAGAUGUUUAGCUUUCGUAAACUUUGGGCAUUCACUGGACCAGGUUUUCUGAUGAGCAUUGCCUAUCUGGACCCUGGAAACAUCGAGUCAGAUCUUCAGUCUGGGGCCAAAGCCGGAUUCAAGCUGCUCUGGGUGCUCUUGGGAGCGACUAUCAUUGGGUGUCUGCUGCAGCGAUUGGCCGCUCGCCUUGGUGUCGUAACAGGGAUGCACCUGGCUGAAGUUUGCAACAAAUAUUAUCCAACAAUACCGCGGAUAAUCCUGUGGCUGAUGGUAGAGUUGGCCAUCAUCGGCUCUGAUAUGCAGGAGGUCAUCGGCUGUGCCAUCGCCUUUAACCUGCUCUCUGUCGGCAGGAUUCCACUAUGGGCCGGAGUGCUGAUAACAAUUAUCGACACUUUUGUGUUCCUGUUUUUGGACAAAUACGGUCUAAGGAAGCUUGAGGCCUUCUUUGGGUUCCUCAUCACCGUCAUGGGUCUCAGCUUUGGCUAUGAGUAUGUGCGUGUGGGUCCAGACCAGGGUGAGGUCCUGAAGGGCAUGUUUAUGCCGUACUGUAGCGGCUGUGGACCUGUGCAGCUUAAACAAGCUGUGGGUAUUGUUGGAGCAGUUAUCAUGCCUCAUAACAUCUAUCUACAUUCUGCUCUUGUUAAGUCGCGGGAAAUAAACCGAGCCAACAAGAAAGAGGUGAAGGAGGCAAACAAGUACUUCUUCAUUGAGUCCUCAAUCGCUCUCUUUGUUUCAUUUCUCAUCAAUGUAUUUGUGGUGGCUGUCUUUGCUGAGGCCUUUUAUGGCAAGACAAACAUGCAAGUGAGCGAGACGUGUAAUAAAACUGGAAGUCCACACACUGAUCUCUUCCCACUCAACAAUGAAACGCUUGAAGUCGACAUCUACAAAGGGGGUAUAGUCCUGGGCUGUUUCUUUGGCCCAGUUGCGCUUUAUAUUUGGGCCAUUGGGAUCCUUGCAGCUGGACAGAGUUCAACCAUGACAGGAACAUACUCUGGUCAGUUUGUCAUGGAGGGUUUCCUAAACCUCCGUUGGUCUCGCUUUGCUCGGGUGUUGUUGACUCGAUCCAUCGCUAUCUUGCCAACUCUUCUGGUUGCCGUCUUUGAGGAUGUCCAGCAUUUAACUGGCAUGAAUGAUUUCCUCAAUGUACUACAAAGCAUUCAGUUGCCAUUUGCUCUGAUCCCAAUUCUGACCGUGACCAGCAUGACUUCAUUAAUGAGUGAUUUUGCCAAUGGACUCGUGUGGAAGAUUGGUGGUGGUCUGCUCAUCUUGUUGGUGUGUGCUAUCAACAUGUACUUUGUGGUGGUCUAUGUGACUGCUCUGAACAGCACCAUUCUCUACGUUCUUUCUGCAUUCCUCUCCAUCGCUUAUCUGUGCUUUGUUAUCUACCUGCUUUGGCACUGUCUCAUUGCUCUUGGUGUGCCCCGUCUGAACAUCUGCGGCUGGUCUCAGCAAUCACCAUCAAUUCUCAUUGAAGAACAAGAAGAGUCUGAUACAUGAUUGAUACUGAUACACAUUAAACAUGUUUUCUUAUAAUGUGA